AUGCGCUCCAUUCAGCAACGAGGACUAGCUUUCCCCAUGCGUUACCAAGCAUAUGGACCUACGCUAUCAUUGGACUCGUGGCUUGAACAUUUAUGGGGCAAAGUCGCAGCGGUGUUCUUUAUGGCACGAGGACGCGGCGACGGUGGGAAGACCAUCUAUCAAGUCUACACUCAGAACGAACCUUCGACAGCAACAUUUGUCAAAAAUACAGCCGGGGAUGUCAUAGCCUCAUGGGAGUGGAGAGAAAUCCGGUCUGAUAUCAUAACUCUCGGUGGCGCAAGUCCUACGCCUGUCAGUUCGUGGUCGAAGAAGAGCAUUGUGCCUUUCAAGGAGUACGGAAAUGGACCCGGACUUUUCUUUGAACCCAUUGUCCGCUUCCAAAAAUCCCGACGAGCCGCAGACUCAACCCAUACGCCCACUCAGUUGAUCUUUGAUGAACGCGCCGAAGAGAUUAGAGACCUCGUUGUGAUCUCGUUCCCUGUGCUGGAGAAGAGUCGAAGGAAAACAGAGAGUUCUACCAUGAAUAAGGCGCAUGUUCUCACCCAGCCAGCCUUUGCGGCUCUAGGAUCUACAAACUACGUACUCAAGAAUGGAGGUACCUAA